CUCGUGGUAAAUUACAUUACCAAAUGAACAGCGUAGGGUUAAAUGCAAGUGCUCAGAUUCAAAAAUACUAUACUUUUUUUUAUUUUGCCGAACGUCUUACAAAAAUACUUUUGGUCAAUCAAAUGUCCUAUCGUAGCCGGGCACACAAUGUUGCAUAGCAGUCGUUACCUACAUCUAGAUUUUCAAACAAUCCCGAAUUGCAUACAGAUCUGAGAAUCCACGACUCUUUAUCCGGAUAUAAAAUAGUGCAUAUACUUCGUCAAAGUUGGGUUUCAGGUGAUGGCAGUCACGAAACGUCGUCUGGAGCUGAAUUGUAUAAUAUGUUCUCAACCACUGUCCAGCAUGCAGACCUGUUUACCACAGGACGUGUUGCAAAUGGUCGCAGAGCAAAAUAUAGCCAUGAAAAGAAAAACGGACCAUACAGAAUAUAACAACCACGUUGACAUCGACCAGUAUCAGGCCAUUGCGACAAAAUGUGGGCACAUGUUUCAUAUGGGUUGUAUACGCAGCCAUGUCAAGAGCCAUUUAGAUCGAGUCGGAUCAGCCCCGUGUCCCAUUUGCUCCAAGCCCGUGACCCUAACAAGAAUAUGGCCCGUUCUCAUCCCCCCAACCCCCGCUCAACUUUCCAGAAUCAAAAAGCUCAACUUUAUGAAAACUGAAAACACGGAGCUUAAAGUUGAGUUGGCAGAAAUUCGCAAGAAAGUGAAAGCAUGCGAAGCUGAAUUGAAGACCAUCGAGCAAGAAACAGAAAGCUGUUUGGCAGAUAUUCAAAUAAAACAGCAACAGCUCGAGGAUAUGAAUGGUCCGACGGAGUCAGAACUUGAGGAGUUGAGGCGUAUUCAUAAAAAUAGACAGUCCAUCGUUCGUGUGGUCACGAAGCACAAUGCAGAUCUUCUUGGAGUCCUCAUGCACGAAACUAAUCUGCAAGUAUCUGAUGCUGACCUUGCCCUCUCUGAUCAAGACAUUGGUGAAAUUAACCACAACCUUCCAGAGAAAAAAGACCCUAUUUGCAUAUACGAGAACUCGCUGUCCACUAGAAGAAAUCGGAGCAGGAGUAGAAGCUUAGUCGACAAAGAUAGAAGCACCGAGAGGUCAUCUCGAUAUCAGGAGAAAUUUCAUAGCAAUAAUUUCAAAGGGUUAUUUCAAGCUCCAUCAGAACAAAAUUCUGAAUCUGAGUCGGACCAUCUCAACGGAGGAGUCAGUUCCGACUCGUUCUCGCCCAAUAAUGCCCGACCCCUUACCCCCUUCCACUACCCUCCUACUCAACUGCGCAAGGGUCACCAUCGACAUAAACAAGGGCCCAAUUUAGUCAAACCUACCAAGAGUGAAAUUCGAUCCUUCGCCAUAAAUAAGACCGCGAAGGCGGGUGCAAUGAUGGAGGUAGGAAACUAUACGAGAACUGGUGAACAACGCCGGGUGGGUGGUGGUGGUAUGGCGUUGAGGGCUGGUGUUGGUGGUGAUGGUGGUCCUCGAGGGGGGCUUGCCCUCACCCGAAAGGACGGGACGAGGGGGAUUGUCAAUAAAGAUUAUCUCCAGCCCGGAAAUCGUCUAGUCCAGCAGGCGGUCACAAAAUUUAGACCUCCCGUCAUAUCCCAUAAAAAUAUUAGUAGCAACAACCAGAAUAAGGUCAGCAGAUCGUCGUAUCGACCAAAAUGGUGUUAAGCUAGUUAAAGUAAACCUAUAAUGAUGACACGUGCAGAAUAAUAAAUUUUGAGCAUUUGAUAACACAA